AGUUCUUUCACAAUUCCCAAUGUUCCGCCAACGUUGCUGUGACGUUGCGGUAACGUGGUACUUGCGCUAGCUGGGAACCGUUUGCUAACCAUUUCCGCAUUUUUCUCGCAUAUUUUGCUCGUUUUAUCAAUAAACAUUUUAAGUUAUUAAACCGAAGCCAAACAAAACUAAAUACCGUUGCCAUAUAAAUGGAACCAAACAAUAGCAGUCGUUCAAACUGGGCGAUAAACCGACGAGUGGAGGGUUUAGUGAACAAACACGGGGAAAACAUGGCAUUUGGGACAGUUGAAAGUGAGAGACGCUCCUCUGCUGUAUCUGAGGAAAUGCAACCAUUGCCAAGCGACAAAAACUUAGAGGACAUACCGGGACAAGCUGAGGUUAACUUCAACACGGAUUCAGAGUCAUUUAAUACUGCAGCAGUGACUGUUAAAUGCACGGAUGAGGAUGCAUCUUCAUUAUCAGCAACCUCAAAACAAGUCACGAACAACGUGGCAGAGACGGCAGCCCAUAGACAAAUCAUAUCCCUCCUUAUUGAGAUUAAGGAGGAGCAACAGAGACAGUGGGCAGUGUUAAAAGACCUGCAGGCACGAGUUAAUGGACAGGUGUGUGAGGAGGAGGAUGAGCCGCUUGAAAUAGAUCUACCAAUGAUGACAAUGGAACAGCUUGAUGAAACAGAACGGCAUUUGGAACAUACUGAAGCACAGAAGAGAAUGGUGUCACAUCUUUCACGCAUGGGGGGAGCCACAGUAGAUGAUGCAGUCCGGCGUCUGAUGCAUGCUGUUUUCUCUUAUAAUUUGGGCUCGGAGCUCAACUGGGUUGGCAGGGGACAGAAAAGAAGCUUCAGAAACACCAGACUGCAGGGUGUUUUAUUUCGUGCUUUGAAGAGAACACCUGUAGGAAAGGAGGCAACACACCACCAGUUUGCUGAUGUAGUGAAAAAAUGGUUGCGCUUUGCCCCUUUCAGACAAAGAGGGAGUGGAAAAAAACAGCAUUGGAAACCUAUUGAUUUCAUGUGUCCCAAGUAUGACAGUACAGUGGAGGUGGACUGUAACCAGCUUAACACGGAAUCUGAGGAUGGUAAUGUUACAAUAUAGAAGCCUUACAAAAAGACACAUUUUAUAUGGGAAAGGGGACUUGCUAGAAACAUUCAAUGAAUCAAAGAAAUUAUGGGAGCUUAAAGGAUUGGAUGUGGUCAUAGAUAUUUCAUUUCAAAAAAACAUUUUUUACAUACUGCAGUCUCAGUCUUGACUACAUGCUACAUAAAUGUACAUGUGUACAUACAUAUUAUGUUUUAAUUAUUGCUAAGCUUUCGUGAACAUAUUUCAAUACAUAUUUAGUUAAGAACUUUUGAAAAUCUAUUUCAAGUUCCUAUUUUAAAAUGGUUCAAUGUGAUCAUUUCUGUAUGAAUUAGCACAAUUAUGUUUAAAAAAUAUGUGAAAAAGGAUUUAUUAAACACUACAUCACAGAUUAGACACCAGUAACAGUGAAUUUUUAUAUCAAUGAUGCUAAAAAAGUUUUUUAAAUUGUUUUUUUAAGUUUAAUUUUCAUAUAGCCAUUAUUUUCAAUGGAUUAUCGCAUAUAUGGAACUUAAACCUGUGUUCUGCACAAAAAUAAAUCCACUUCCCGUCGGGAUUUUUGUGAUAACAA